UAGAACCAUGGCCGACGGAUCAGAGCUCUACACCGUCGAGUCAAUUUUGGAACAUCGCAAGAAGAAGGGAAAGAGCGAGUUCUACAUAAAAUGGCUCGGAUAUGACCAUACUCACAACAGCUGGGAACCAAAGGAGAAUAUAGUCGAUCCAACACUAAUUGAAGCGUUCUUCACGCGAGAAGCAGCUCGUAAAGCAGAAAUCAAAGCUAAAAAAGAUAAAAUGGCUGCUGGAAAGAAGGGUGCAUCUUCGAAAGCUUCUGCUUCAGUAAGCAAAGCAUCUGCUUCAACUCCUGCUCGUGGAGCUAAAGCUGCUCCAAAACCCCCACCCAAAAAAUCCCCACCAAAGAGGCAGAGACUAGCAGGAGGUGAUAUCCGACCAGAUAGUGAUACGGAUGAAGAACAUUCUUCAGCUGAUAAGAAAUCAAAAGCAGAGGAUGAAGAAGAAGUUGAAGAUGAUGAGGAGCCAGUGCCAAAGAAAAAGAAGGAGGUUCAAGAAGAACCUGAAGAAGAAGAGUCUGUAGAAGGAGAAGAUGAGGAAGAAUCCCAAGAGGUUGAGGAUUUGAAGGAAGAUGAAAAAAUGGAAGAAGACGAGAAAGAAGAAGAGGAGGACGUACAAUUAGAAUCAGAGAAAAACGAGAAAGAAGAAGAAGAGGAAAAGGUGGAGGAAAAGAAAGAAGAGGAAGAGGAAGAAGAGGAGGAAGAGAUUCAAUUGGUUAUUGUAGAGAAGACGGUCAUUGAGACUACGAUAGUGGAACCAGCUGUAGCUACUCCCGAGCCAUCCGAGCCAUCGUCUUCUGAGAAGGCUGUAGUAGAAAAUGGAUCUUCUUCUGCUGCUGCAGGAAAUUCUGCUUCAAAACCAGAAGUUUCUGCCGUAGAAGUCGUCACAGUUGAAGACGACGAUGAUAUUGCAAUUAUCGAAUGAACAAAAUAUAAAUAAAAAUCAAUAAUCACUGAUUCUCUAUUAUGUGUUUUAUGAAAAAUCUCUCUGUCUCUCUAAUUCCCUUCAUCAUCCUUUCACUCGUUUCAACUCACUCUCAAUAUUAUCAUUUAACUUAAAUCUUAUUUUUCUGUCAUCUCUUAAAUUUGUUCCAGAUAACCAAAGUCUUUAAUCAGAAAAUCAUUAUUUUGUCUAUGUCACUCAUUCAACAUCAGUCGCCGUCGCCCUCACCCAAGAAAAAAUUCCAUGUUACAAUUUUAUUUACUGCAUUUUUUUGAAAUAAAAUAAAUACAAAUAUUAUCG